UUCUGUCAGCCCGCUUCAUUGUGUCGGCUCUGCUGAAAGGAUGAGCUCGUGCAGCAGCCGGGCUCUGACGCUGCUGUCGUCGGUGUUUGGGGCGUGCGGGCUGCUGCUGGUGGGGGUUGCCGUGUCGACGGACUACUGGCUGCUGAUGGAGGAGGGCAUUGUGCUGCAGCAGAACCAGACCAUGGAGGUCAAGAUGGCCCUGCACUCCGGACUGUGGAGGACCUGCUUCAUCGCCGGCUCCGAGAAAGGACGAUGCGUUGCAGCGGAGUACUUCAACGAGCCAGAAACGGAAAUCACAACAGAGAACACUGCAAACAUUUUGAAGAUGGUGCGGACAGCUACUCCGUUCCCCAUGGUGUCCCUGCUCUUCGUCUUCACCGCCUUUGUCAUCAGCAACAUCGGCCACAUCCGCCCACAGCGCACCAUCCUCGCCUUCGUCUCCGGAAUCUUCUUCAUCCUCUCAGGUCUGAGUCUGGUGGUGGGCCUGGUGCUGUACAUCUCCAGUAUUAAUGACGAGGUGAUGAACAGGCCGAGGGAGCCCGAGCUCUUCUUCAACUACCGCUACGGCUGGUCCUUCGCAUUCGCCGCCAGCAGCUUCCUCCUCAAAGAGGGGGCUGGCGUGAUGUCUGUUUACCUAUUCAUGAAGCGCUACGCUGAAGAGGAGAUGUACAGGCCCCACCCUGCGCUCUACCGCCCCCGCCUGUCCGACUGCAGCGACUACAGCGGCCAGUACCUGCACCCGGAGGCCUGGCCGCCGUCGCAGCAGCAGCAGCGCAUGCACCGCAGCACCUCCGAGAUGUCCAGCGACGUCUCCAUCCAGCUCAACCAGACCCCUCCGCCCGGCCACCCGCCCAAGGGCAACCCUCACUCGUCGGGUCUGAGCGCGGCCGCCGGCCCCGUCAUGGGCUCCAGCUACCAGCUGAACUCUCCGGGCAGCCCGUCCCACUUCGGCCACUCCCACCCGCUGCACCCCGGGGGCUCCCAGACCCUGCCCCUCAACAUGCCCCCGGCCGCCGGGGGGCCGCCCCACUACAACACACACAUGCGCUUUGGGGCCUCCCCCUGCUAGGGCCUGGCCCCACUACCACACACACAUGCGCAUGGGGGCCUCCCCCGCUAGGACCUGCCUGCUCUCAUACGGUCUGGUCUAGUCUGGGGGAGCUCCUUCCAUUGUCACUGACACAAGAAUGAACAGAGAGAGAGAGAGAGAGAGAGAGAGAGAGAGAGAGAGAGAGAGAGAGAGAGAGAGAGAGAGAGAGUCAAGGACAUGGAUUUGAGAAGUGAAGGAGAGGGAGGAAGGGGGUGGAGAGAGAGAGAGAGAGAGAGAUAGAGAUGAGAAUAAGGUGGCUAAAUGUGUAGAUCAGAAUAAACCACUCUGGGCAAGAAUAGCUGUACGUACGUGUGACAAUCAAGAAAUGUAUUGUAGGGAAGCACUUUGAGCAACAUUACAUUUUGGAAAUGGAAUGGAUUUAGCGAGUAAAGGUAGAUGGAAAUGGAACCCAGAUGAAGAGGCCUGUAUGCGAGAGGGCUUUUGUAGAAAGUUGCUUUGCUUUGAUAUCAGCUUGGAAGAAACUUUUGUUGCACAAAACCGAUGGACUAAACUGAAUACCAUCACAAAUCACACGCACACACACUGGUAUAAUUUUUAGAGUAAUUAUGUAGUGUACAUAACUGUACUGUUUCUAAAAGCAUUUGAAUAUGCUUUGGUUUAUUUACAUCCUUGUGCUUUCAUGUGAAUAAGAUAAUGGUUUAUACGGUAUUGUUACAUAUGUAAGGCCAGGAAUAUGACUCACAAGUCUUAUUUCAAAGUCACAAUCAUUGCUGUCGUGAUUAGUACUGAAAACGAGUCAUUUUUAAACUUAAUGAUGUAUGUCAUACACAUGUGCAUUGAUAAACACAGGAGUGAAACAGCAUAUUUCCUGAACGACUACACUUGUACAAACUGAAACGAAAAAUAAAUCAAACCAUUUGUAUAUGUCUAUUUACAGUAUGUAUAAUGUGGAUGAAUCACAGACUGUAUGUAUGUAAUGAAACAAUGAUAACACAGACGCCACAUAUCUACAGCUUUUUAAAUAUCCACACUGUUGCCAUGCAGUAGAUGAAACCUCACCACACUUACCAGUACAGUAUGUAGACACAACAAUAAGCACUAGCACCACUAACAUCUAGUGAGU